AUGUUUAGUAGGCUAAAAGCAAAAUUCACCAAAGUGGUGCCAAAUUUACCAGAGGAAAAUGUGAACCAUGAUCCAGCUCCUUCAAAGCCAUCACCUCCACCUCAGCCACCUACAGGACAGGAUGAAAAUAAGAAAGGAAAGGAAGAAAAUAAGGAUACAAAUGAUGCUCUGGAAAAAAAGGCAGAAAACACCACCCAGCCAGACUCAAAGCAACAAGAUGCAGCAGGAGCUCCAGAAAAAGUACCUGAGCCCACCCAAGCUGAAAAACUAGCAGAGCCUCCUGAAACAACAAAACCAGAAGAGGUACAGCCAGUCAAAGAGAAAGAAGAGGCAAAAGAUCUUCACAAUCAUGAGAAAAAGGUGCUUAUGAGAUUUUCUUCCAUGAAUGCCAAAAGUACAGACAAUAAGAGGCCAGGAACCCCCAUAAAUGAAUAUACCCAAGAACAGCUCAGAGAAAUUGUCAAGAAAAUGAAAGAAAGGACUGCCACAUAUAAAGAAAAGUUGACAGAUCCGGUCAUCUCUUCACCUGAACCCAGUCCAACAGCCACGCCCAAAAAACAGCCUCCACCUCCUCCACCAAAAGAAGAAAAAAAAGAUGAAAAGAAGGAUGAAAAGAAGGAUGAAAAGAAGGAUGAAAAGAAGGUCAAGAGGCCACCCAUGAAAGCAUAUAUGAAUGCAUUGAAGCUACCAGAAAGUAUAGAUGCAUACACAGAUCGUCGCUAUAUAGCAUGGCUGUUCUUGGUUACUCUUGCUUACAACUGGAACUGCUGGUUCAUCCCACUGCGCUUAACAUUCCCAAUUCACACAACAAGCAACAUGAUAUAUUUUUUUACUGUGGACCUCUUGUGUGACAUCUGUUACAUCUGUGAUGUGUUGUUGUUUCAGCCCAGAGUACAAUUUGUGAGAGGUGGAGAUAUAAUAACAGAAAAAGUGGAAUUGAAGAAAUUCUACCGGAGUUCAUUAAAAUUUCGGCUUGAUGUGUUCUCAGUAAUACCAUUUGAUGUCUUAUACGUUGUAUUUGGAUUUAAAGCAAUAUUCAGAGCAAACCGGAUGUGCAAGCAUCUCACAUUCUUUGAAUUCAAUGAUCGGAUAGAGGGGAUCAUGGAUAAAGCAUACAUCUAUAGAGUCAUUCGAACAACUGGAUACCUGUUGUUCAUCUUACAUUUGAAUGCAUGCAUAUAUUAUUGGGCUUCAACCUAUGAAGGACUUGGCAGCACGAAAUGGGUUUAUGAUGGCAAAGGAAACAUGUAUCUACGAUGUUACUAUUGGGCAGUUCGCACUUUAAUUACUAUUGGUGGACUUCCAGAACCAGUAACCAUGUUUGAAAUCAUCUUUCAGCUUCUGAAUUUUUUCUCAGGUGUCUUUGUAUUCUCCAGUUUGAUUGGUCAGAUGCGGGAUGUCAUUGGAGCAGCAACAGCAGGGCAGAACUACUAUCGUGCUUCUAUGGAUAACACUGUCUCAUAUAUGAACACUUACACCAUUCCAAAAAUUGUUCAGAAUCGUGUUCGAACUUGGUAUGAGUAUACAUGGGAUUCACAAGGAAUGCUAGAUGAAUCUGAAUUACUGGAGCAGAUGCCAGGAAAAAUGCAUCUAGCCAUUGCAAUCGAUGUGAAUUUUGCCAUUGUCAAUAAAGUUGACUUGUUCAAAGGAUGUGAUACCCAAAUGAUAUGUGACAUGCUGUUGAGACUGAAAUCCAUUGUGUACUUACCUGGCGAUUUUGUCUGUAAAAAGGGAGAAAUUGGUCGAGAAAUGUACAUCAUUAAACAAGGUGAGGUUCAAGUACUUGGGGGUCCUGAUGGCACCAAAGUCCUGGUCACCUUGAGAGCGGGAGCUGUAUUUGGAGAGAUCAGCCUAUUAGCAGCAAGUGGAGGAAAUCGGCGGACAGCAAAUGUUGUAGCCCAUGGAUUUGCCAAUCUUUUUAUUCUUGACAAGAAGACUUUGAAUGAAAUCUUGGUGCACUAUCCUGACUCUGACAGGAUUUUGAGGAAGAAGGGAAAAGCUCUCAUAAAGAAGACAGGCAAGCCUGUUGGAGGACCUGCCCCAACUGCAAAAGGCUUUUCCUUGCUCACACAGAAAAUAGAACCUCCCAAGAUGUUCCAAGCCUUGCUUGGUGGAAAAGGUGGUGGCAUGGCUGCAGUUAUCAAGAUGAAGAGAGAACAGGAAGAAAAAGAAAGGCAAGAACAGGAAAGGCAAGCAAAAGAAGAACAAGAAAGUAAAGAAAAGGAAGAAAAGGAAAAAGCAGAAAGGGGAAAAAAAGAAAAAAGCAAAGCAAAGCUUCAAAUCAAACCAACAGAAGAAAAGCCGCCACCAGCUCCUGAGGGUCAAGCACCUCAAAUGCAAGCUAAGUCAGUUGCCCAUGAGGAAGAACCAGUUGCCAACUGCCAGCAGCCACCACCACUGCCAUCAUCAUCACCACCUCCACCACCUCCUCCUCCUAAACCAACUCUGCUGAGAGGAAUCACUGACCAGUCCCUUAUCAUUACCAUGACUCCUUCCACCACACCUGGAGAAGGAGAUAUUCUUACCGUUGAAGUUAAAGAGAGGAAGUAA